AUGUUGUUUCUACUACUCUACCUUCUGUUUGGAUUUUCCGUUUGUGGAACCCCACUGGCUCCUGAAGGAGAACCGGACUUCAGCCUCUACUUUGACCGGAGCGAGAUCGACCCUUACAUGCGUAAUGAGGAUGGCGAGCAUGCACUGCACCAAGCUGUAACGAGACGAUUGGACGAUCAUUUCCGCACGGAUGAGGCAGCUCACGCGCUGCAUGUCCGCGGUCUGAAUAAUAAGCGUGCCAGCGCCAAGGUCACUGUCUAUUACAGACCAAAUUUGAACGACGUGUGCAUAGAAAAUGGGUUACGACGGGUGCAUGCCGCCGCAUACGUCAAUGUAUGCAUCAAUCCAAGGCAAUUUAGUGUAAUUUGCGACAUCGAUGAGGAACACGACGAGGCUCCUAUAGUUUAUGGUAACUGUAGUCCUGGCUACUUCUGCGUAACAGUCCUCAAGGAUACGCUCACGGUUGUCGACCCGGCCAACCUCCAUAUUGGCCAAGCAGUAGAACCAAUCUGCACACAAGAAGUUAAACUGGAUAUCUUUAAGAUUACCGAAAGCCUUCUCGGUUUCGUUAGCGAAUGGUGGCGUGCGCCCGGCAAAUUCAAAGUCUUCUUCGGCCGAAUGGCCCUUCAAGGGCAAACUUUGGGUACUGCCUAUAAUCUCAGAUGGGAUUGGAAGACUAUCAAUAGCAAAUUUGGCACCCAAGCGGGAUUUAAGCGUAUUUCAGACACCAGCUCUGCCACGCACCAUGAAUACGAGAUGUCUUACGACUAUAACUACCGGGGCGAUAUGCAGUUUCGGGCAGCCGUCGACUGGAAGGAGCCCCUCGGGCAUCUAGGUGUACUCACCCUCCUGGUCUAUUUCGCAGCUAUAUCUCCUAAAUGA